UCGUCGUCGUCGUCGUCGUCGUUGACAACGUUGUUACCACCGCGCGCGCCGAUACGUCACGUAUGCCGUGUCUCGCGAAGGCGGCCUCCUCGGCGGUCUCUACCUACCUACCUACCUACUCCAUGUGCCGUCGGUAGGGCAGCGGAGGGGAGGGGGCGGGCCCUUCGGGAAAGCAACGAGCCGAGAAGACAACUAGUCGUACGCAGAUAGGCGAGCUGUCAGGUCACGUGGCCGGCUCCUUGUCGAUCGCGUGCGCGCGCGCGCGCUCAUCCACUCUCGCUUCGCUCUACGCUAGUUUGCUCGUGCAUUCGCGCGCUCCUCGCCAGCUCGACAGACACGUCGUCGGCCCGGUGCUACUUUAUCUGGAUUGCAGUGCGGGAAAGAGACGUGGUUGUGUGUGUAUACACACACACGCACACCCUCUCGCGAUAGUACACUCGUCUCCUUACGUCGUGUGUCUUCUUACGCUCCGCGCGCGCGUCUCCCUCUCGCAAGUCGCGCGCGCUUUGAGCGUGUGACGCGCCGCGCCGCGACGCGACGCGACGCGACGAAACGCGUGUUGUGUGUUGACAAUCCGUACACCGCGCCGCGGGCUGCGCGCGUCAGUCAGUACAUCUGUCCCGCUACGACCGCCGCUGAUCGCUAAGCGCGCGUUUUCCUCCGCGGACGAACGUGUUAAACAUUCGCGCGAUAUAUACCGUCGGCAUUGUGCUCGUCGACGACGACGACGACGACGACGACGACGACCACGACGUUGGAUUGCAGUGCGGACGACGGGGGAAAGGAGUCUCCUCUCUCUCUCUCUCUCUCUCUCUUUCUCUCUGUCUCUCUGCCUCCUGAUCUCUCGUUCUCACCAUCCACUUUCUCUCUCUCUCUCUCUCUCGCGCUAUCUAGAAGGAUACCACCCGUUUAGCCCGGUGUGCCUGCCGUAAACGCUAAUCGACGCUUUUGACAGCGGCGAGUGCUCACACUUUCGCCCGGACGUCGUCGGCCGCGCGCGCGACCUCCAGCCGACGACACUCUGACGAUGCCUCGAACGUAGUCGCGCACGGCGCGUGUUUGUUACUAUCCCCGCGGCUGCAACGUGUGCGCGUCCCAAACGUGCACGUUUCGGUGGUGCGCGAUGCUUGGUCUCUCGACGAAUGUGUGCCGUGUGCCAGAGAGCGUGACUGGUGGUCGAUAAUCCACCGAGUGGCACCGAGGUGUGUGCGUGCGUGCGUGCGUGCGUGUGGUGCAUGUGGUGCAUGUGUGUGGUCCCCCCUGUUACACACGACUCUGUCUCGCCCGCCCCCCCCUUUGACGGAUUGUGCCCUUGUCCGUCAUCAUCAUCGUCAUCGUCGUCGUCAUCAUCAUCAUCAUCACCAUCAUCAUCCGCAUCAUCGCCGUCGUCGUCGCUUAGAGAGACGUGUUCACUCAUCGGAGUCUCGUCCAAGUUGUGGAUCCAUUGAGAAAACGGCAGCGAAACGUCUACCGGCCGGCUGGUCGGGCCGCGAUCAGGCCGCGUUUCAUGGACGCUUGUAGCGGCACGGUAACGCAGUCGACGUGCUGCCGUUGCUGCGUCCUCGCCGAUCUCGAUCGGCGCUCGCCGCAGCCGUCGCGCGAGCGAAGCGACCACGGGCGACCAGCACGUUCGUCGAAACGAAGCGACGUGCUGAAAAUACGGACGAGCGCGCACGAACGCCAGGGCGAAGGAGAACGCGAGUGCCGCCGCUCUCGUGCGAGUACCCUCGUCCUCGUCGUCGUCGUCGUCGUCGUCGUCGUCGUCAAUAAUAACGUCAACGUCAACAUCGACGUCAGCAUCAACAACAACAUCAACAACGUCAUCAUCAUCAUCAUCAUCAACAACAUCAUCAUAAUCAUCAUCGACAACAAUAUCAGCGGCCGUAUCCGGCGACGGCACAGUAAACACAGUCGUUUCAUGCAUGUGCCGAUACGCGAGCACCACGUCCCUUCGUCGUGCGGAACUCGCGCAAGGGUGAUAUGUUAUUGGAGAUGGAGCAGCACCCGGCCUUGAUGUCCCUGAACAUGUCGCCGUUCCACUUGAGCCCGCAAGGCAGCCCACAGGCCGCCGCCGGGCAGCAGCCCCCGCAGCAACCUCAGCAGCAGCAGCAGCAGCAACAGCCGCACUACGGCUCGUCACCUUACGGCAAUUGCGCGCAGAACUCGCCGUCGGCCAUGUGCCAUUCGCAGCCGCAGCCUCAGUCGCAGCAACAGCAACAACUGUCCGCGCACAAUCCGGCACAGUCGCAGGGCGGUAUCUCGGGCUUCGAGGCCGCCUUCUUCGACUCUACCACCUCCCUCGAGGAGCGAUGCCCGAUGUGCGGCGACAAAAUGUCCGGUGGUUAUCAGUACGGCCUGCUCACGUGCGAAUCUUGCAAGGGUUUCUUCAAACGCAACAGUUCGCCGUGCAGCAGCAAAAGAGUUUACGCGUGUUUGUUCUCGCCUACGGGCGGUGGCGGUGGCGGUGGUGGCGGCGGCGGCGGCGGUGGCGGUGGCGGUAGCGGCGGCGGCGGCGGCGGCGGUGGUGGUGGUGGUGGUGGUGGUGGUAGUGGUGGUAACGGCGGCGGCGGCGGCGGCGGCGGCGGCGGUGGUAGCAAUAGUAACAACGGCAACGGCGGUAACGGUAUCUGCGGAGCCGGAAGCAGCAACGGAGCCGGCGCGUCCACCGGUCUCGAAGGUAACGGCGGUGGUGGCGGCAACAGCGGCGGCGUCGGCGGUUACGCCGGCAACGGCAGCGAUGGUAGCGGCAGCGGGGCAAGCACUGCCGCAGGCGGCGGUGGACCCGCGGCGGGCAAUGCCGCCGGUGGCGGCGGUGGCGGUGGUCCCGCCGGUGGCGCGGGAAGCGGCAACGUCGCGGUACCGACCGCCGGCGCCGGUACCCUCUGCCAUCCUGGCUUGGGCCAGGUCGGAGUCGGCGUCGUGACCGGCUCGAUACCGUGCCCGUCCGACUUUCCCGACACGAAGGACAUCGUCAUCGAAGAGCUGUGUCCGGUGUGCGGGGACAAAGUGUCCGGCUAUCACUACGGACUGCUCACCUGCGAGUCCUGCAAGGGCUUCUUCAAGCGCACCGUCCAGAACAAGAAGGUGUACACGUGCGUCGCCGAGAGAUCCUGUCACAUCGACAAGACGCAGCGCAAACGGUGUCCCUUCUGUCGCUUCCAGAAAUGCCUCGACGUCGGCAUGAAGCUCGAGGCUGUACGGGCGGAUCGGAUGCGAGGCGGUAGAAACAAAUUCGGGCCCAUGUACAAGCGGGAUCGUGCGCGGAAGUUGCAGCUGAUGCGGCAACGGCAAAUGGCGUUGCAGACGAUACGCGGCAGCCUCGGCGACCCGAGCAACUACUCGUCCGCGGUGACGCCGUUGCUGCACAUCAAGCAGGAGAUCCAAAUACCUCAGGUCUCGAGUCUGACCUCCUCGCCGGACUCGAGUCCGUCACCCGCGGCCGUGGCCGCGGGAUUGGUGACGACGCAGGCCGGUAACGGUGCCGGUCAGCACCAGCUAAUCGCACCGUCCACCCAACCGAACAUCGCCGGUGGCAGCGGUGGCGGCGGCGGAGGCGGAGGCGGAGGCGGUGGCGGCGGAGGCGGCGGCAGCGGUAGCGGCGGCAGCGGCGGCAAUCAUCUGCACAACCUCAACCCCGGCCUGGACAACAAGUUGUGGGCCGCGAACUCCACCACCCCUGGUACAAAGGCCUUCAGCUUCGGCGAGCAGUCCACGCAGUCCCACGGCGGUGCCGCGAGCUCUGGGAACGUCGGCAGUAACGUCGCUAUGAAAACUAGUCCGAUGAUAAGAGACUUCGUGCAGGCGCUCGACGACCGCGAGUGGCAGGCGUCCCUCUUCGCACUACUGCAAAAUCAAACGUACAAUCAGUGUGAAGUGGACUUGUUCGAAUUAAUGUGCAAAGUGCUCGACCAGAAUCUGUUCGCGCAGGUGGACUGGGCUAGGAAUUCGAUAUUCUUCAAGGAUCUCAAGGUUGACGAUCAAAUGAAGCUACUGCAACACUCUUGGUCGGAUAUGUUAGUACUGGACCACCUUCAUCACAGGUUACACAAUAACCUACCUGACGAGACGACACUUCACAAUGGCCAAAAGUUUGAUCUCCUUUGCCUCGGCCUACUUGGAGUUCCUAGCUUGGCGGAUCUCUUCAACGAUCUGUCUAAGAAACUUCAGGAUCUAAAAUUCGACCUCUCCGAUUACGUUUGCAUGAAAUUCCUAAUGCUGCUGAAUCACGAGGUUCGUGGGCUAGUAAACAAGAAGCAUGUGCAAGAAGGGCAUGAGCAGGUUCAACGGGCGCUUAUGGAUUACUCGAUGAAUUGUUACCCAGCUCUACCGGAUAAAUUCAACAAGCUGCUAGCAGUAUUACCAGAAAUUCACGUGGUGGCAAGUAGGGGAGAAGACCAUCUCUAUCACAAGCAUUGUAACGGAGGUGCACCUACGCAAACACUUCUCAUGGAGAUGCUUCACGCCAAGAGGAAAUGAAACAACAAUCGGUUUCUCCUGGUAACUUUUGCCAUCGAAUAGUACGAACUACACAUACACGUAACAUGCACACGUAACAUACAACACAGAGAUAGAUACAUGCCCACAUACAUAUAAUACAUACAUGCAUACAUAACGAGUACAUACAUACAUACAUACAUACAUAUAUAAUAUAUCGAAAGUCUUGUUAGCGCCCCUAAUCGGGAGACAGAGUGGACCUCAAAGUACCUAUUAAGAGCUAACGCUGCUAAGGUAUCGGACCAAGUAAAGGGGCAUUGGUUCAAGAAAUACCUAUGCAUACAAAUAAAGUAUAUAGACGUAUAUAUACUUUACAUAUAUUACAUAUAUAUGUAUUAUAUAAAGUGUAUCUAAAUAUAUAAACACAGUGACAUAUAUUUUCUAUAUUUGAUGUUGAAGUUUUAGAGAUGUAUCUCCGUGGAGAAACACCCCUGUUGGUGGGUACAAGCGCAGGGAAACAGUAAGCAAGAUGCCUUGAAAACAGUACAAAGGGUGGUUAAAACAAAAUAUUGGUCAAAGGGCAGGCAAUUUUUGUCUAAAUAAGUAAAGCUAUUUUUCUAAUACUUAGAGGCGAUUAUUUUUAAGCAUACCACUGAAGCCUUGCUCUCACUCAUUCGAACGAAAUAUUGUACUCCUACUGCUAAAGAGAAUCCGAACUUUCCAGAUCUUUAAUCGUGCUUCUGCAAGGGAUUCAAUGGGCAUACUUGAAUGAACGAACAGUAAACUUGCAUGUGAUAUACAUAUGUGUUUGUUGCACGGCCCCCCACCUGGGCAUCCUUAGAAUUUCCUAUAAAAAUGAAAUCUGCAUUUUGACACACUUGCACACAAGCAGGGCUACUAUAUUGUAAAUACUAGUUAACACAUUCCAAUUACGUUGUAAAGUAUGAAUCAUGUUAAAUAUGUAAUUACGAUAUUUUGUGUAUAGUUUAACGAAAUAAAUAUAUUUCUAUUGCUUACACUCGAGAGGAAUCAUUAGCUACUUAAUGUCUUCACUAAUUUUAGGGUCUUAAUCAUGUAUUUCUCUUUAUUAUUUUUCAAAUAGGUGGCGGAAAGGAAUAACCACAAAUUACGAUAUUUUACUAUUGUAUGUUGUAUCAUAAUAAAGUUUCUGUUUAAGAAAUAAAAGAAUCAUUGGAGCAAGGUUUAUGUGGUCCUAUAUAUUGUCUAGCGAUUAUAAUUCUAAAUAUAUAAGAUAACAAUUUAAUCUUAUAUCUCGCGCGCUGUUGUUAAAUAGAGAAAUAUUUAGUGAAUGUUAAGAUAGCGACCGAAAGUAGUAAUUUUUCACUAAAACAGAUUAUUAUAUUAUUUUUAAUAUAAUAUCGUUUAGCUAAUAUAGUCAGAAAUUCUUCAGUGCUGUGAAGGUUGUCUUUUCGACGCCUGUGGUAUCAAAGCCAUCGGAAAUUACAACAUACAUGUGUCAGACGCAAAAGCUUAAACUUUGACGAUGGGACGAUAGGAAUCUUUGCUCGCACUGAUAAAUUGGUAAUGUUACCCGUCGCGACUCCUCUUGUUUUUAUUCACGUAUCAAACACGUACCUGCUGCAAAAAGAAAUGAAAUAUGCUAUUUUACUACUUUCACUUUUUCCACCGAUUUUCGCAAUAUAUUUAACUAGGUGUAAAUGUGACUUGCAUUGAGACGAGCGCGAGAGAUUUUUGACGUCACGUUAGAUUAAGGAUCGAGUGUUAAAUCAAAUCAAGAGGAGUGGUGGCGAGUAUUAUUAUUGCUAUUAUUAUUAUUAUUAUUAUUAUUAUUAUUGUUGUUGUUAUCACGAGUAAUAAUUAUUGCGAUGAAUAAUAAUACUGUUAUGAUUUCUAUUGUCACAAGUUAUCAUUAUCACACCGCAGAAAUUAUUCGAUCGGGGGUAUAUCGUAUGUACUUAUCGCGUGGGUAAAGAUUUCUGUCUGACGUCAGGUUCGACUUACAUACGCCGAUGUAGAAUAUGCUAAUGUUCCCAAAAUUUUCAAAUCGUCCGGUUCUUCAUGUUGAACACGAUCGGAGACAGUCUCUAGGCUUAUCAUUCUUACACAUUUACGACGCUCCCUUCCUCCUCCCCCCCCUCCUCUCCCCUCUUUGGAAAAGAUUAUUUUUAUUUAACUCAGACACGAAUGACUACCUCUUCAUAUCUCUGUAUUAAGUUUUUAUACUUUUACAUUUUUAGUAACCACAUACCUCAGAAUAGACGCCCAGAUAGCAAUUUGAAUGGAGUGAAUGGAUGUAACAUGCAUAAAAACAGCUACUUUUAAUCCGUGUAGUAUGUAUAAUUACACACAUAAGAAGCUACGCGCGAGCUAUGUAAUACAACUUAUUGAAAUAUCGUAUUCAUUGUAUGUCCACGUUAUUUUUUAGGUCUUAGUUAUUAUUAUUAUUAUUAUUAUUAUUAUUAUUAUUAUUAUUGUGUAUUUUCGGCACAUUAGUUCAUAAUUGUGUCAUUUACCACGUAUUAAUUAUGAAAGCGUGUAGCUACUGCUGUCAAAGUUGAGAAAGACCGAUUGUAAAAUGUCAAGGGAAAAUCCAAUGAUUCAAAGAAUCUAAAGAAAUGAGGACAGAUAUGAGGAUCAAUGCCUUUUCAAAAGUUAUUUCAAAUUGCUUUUAUUCCGCUGUUUCAGUGAGACAAGUUUGACAUUUAACGCUAUAUG